AAUGGGGGAGGGCGUCGCAAUAGCCGGCGAUGCGGGUGUAGACGCAUCAUCGAGAUGCGUCAGCGAUCUAGUCGGCGACACUUAUCUCCGUAGAUAGUUUCGUUACGCGCGAGCUGUUGUCAGUCGUCCUUGCUGCCUUUGCUCUCUUCACCCUCUCGCGCGAGAGCCUCGGGAUCGUCGCUGCGAAGCUAUGUUUGUCGCUCGUGUGCUCUAAAUAGAAUUUCGAGGAGGGACUCGAAAUGUCCCGAGACGUAAACACUGGCAGUGUUGCAGUUGCGCAUCGUUACGCUUGAGGAUGCACUAGGAAGUGGCGUGAGGUCUUGCGAGGAUUCACAUCCGCGCUGGGACGACGGCGAUCAUGAGUUGACAUCGCUUGACGGCGCAGUGAACGCCGCAUCAGCCGAAGGAUGGACGUCGCGGAGGACGCCGAGAAUGCGCUGGACCCGCGUAUACAGAUUGAAUUGGAGAACUUGAACAAUGCAACAGAUGAUAUUAAUAAGCUGGAAACUGAAUUGGAUGAAGCUCAUACUGCUUUUAGGCAGCUUCUUUCUGACACAACAAGGCGACUGAAAGAAAUAACUGAUAAGUUGGGCACUAGUUGUAUUGAGAAGGCAAGAUGUUAUUAUGAAGCACUAGAAAUGGCUCGUCAAGCUCAGGUGCAAUGUCAGCAACAGGCACAGCUAUUUCAACGAGCCAGCGAAAUUCACGCGGCCGCGAAGGAAACGGUCGCUCUGGCCGAAGCGCGAUUCAUGUCGCACCAACAUGAGUGGAAUUUCGACCAAGCAUGGCAGGAUAUGCUCAAUCAUGCUACUAUUAAAGUGAUGGACGCGGAGAAUCAAAAAGCCGAAUGCGGCCGAGAACAUCAUAGGAGAGCAAUGCUGUUUCACGACGCCGAAAAGAAGCUGCUGCAAUUGGAAGAGAAACAUCGACGCUCGAUAAUAAAAGCAAGGCCGUAUUUCGAGGUGAAGGCGCAGUGCGAUCAGAUGCUAGCGACGCAGAAAGAGAGAGUAGAGCAUCUGCAACAAACCGUUAAGGAAGCCAAGCGCAACUACGCAACGAGUCUUCGGACAUUAGAGGAAAUCAGUAACCAAAUACAUCAGCAACGAAGAGAUUACGAUAUCGUGGUUAAUGGACCGCGAGAACCUGGUGUUGGCGCCGAGUUGAUCGGCUCCGACACGUAUCAGAAGCGUGAAAAUGAGUAUAGUGCUUCCGACAGUCGUAAAAUAUCUUCAAUUAGGUAUAAUGAAAGCGGAAACAACGAAAAUCUACGCAAUAUCGAAAAGCCUUGUUCAACGAAGGAAGACACGGAGAAACUCGACAAGAGAUCUGUGGACGGCAGCGAGAGCAAGUUUACCCAGUGGGAGUUGGAGCUGCAAGCUAGCAUGGAGAAACUGAAUCGUUUAUCACUCGAGAAUACAUUGUACGUGAAGGAGCGAGUGAUUAAUUCUGCCGACCUACCGAACGGCCGAACUGCUGUAAGCGGAGAAUGUUACGGCUUCUUAUCCAUGGAACAAUCGAACGCGCACGAUUUGAAGCAACUUGCGCGAUCGGCAAGAGAUCCGGCGAUUCUGAAGAACGAGACAUUCAUCGACGGAUCGUCACGUCUGCAGAGAUCGUUCUCGACAACCAACUCCAUGACGACACUACGCAGUCCUGCGUCGAAAGCCGUUUCGAAAAGCAAUACCUCCAAGUCACUAAGCAGUAGCCCAGUGAACAGAAGAACGUCCAAUUUCGGGCAUAGGAUAAUCACGGAGAAAGCUGCUAGUGUAGAUAUGACGAAAUAUGUGCCAAAUCGAAUCUCCCAAUUCGACGUUCAGAAGGGUAGAUCAUCUCAGAGUAACUGGGACAUUGGUAUUCCCAGCGACGUUGACAUCAAUGUCACAAACGAAGAACGAAACAUAGAUAACUGUAGUAACACGAGCGAUAAUUUAGUCGGUAAGAGCCACUGGCAGCUUACGAGUUUACCUUACAUGCAAGCUUCUCGUAACGUCGAGUUCCUUCCCGCGAAAGCUCACUCAUCGGAAGGCGUCCGUCGACGUCCUACGAGCUCGCAGGACGACGUCACGUUGUCACCAAUACGAUCUAGCUGUAGUAUUCCGCAAAAGAACGCAUCGUGCAGUGCCAACUCGAGUCCGGUAAAGCUGAAGAGUUCACUAAUGUCGUCCUCCGGUUCGUCGGACAGCGAAAUAAGGGAGCAACAUCUCGGCGGGCGAUCAACUUCCAAAAAGUUUGCUGUCAAAACCGCUAGUAUUAAAGAGUUACCGUUAUUGUCGCUCUUCGGGCGAACGUCCAGCUUGUCGGCGAUCAGAGGCAAGAGUUGCAGCAUGAUCGACUUGGACAGUAAACAGAACCUGAAGACGCUGCUGGAUAACUCUCGUUUGGGCAACAUACAAGCGGUCAGUGCGGAGAGAUUAGCAUACGUGAGACACAAGUUGGUUAACAAUAACCCAGAGAUAAAAGCGGACGCUGUUACGAAAUAAGUACAAGAGAACAAGUUAGGGUAAGAUAAGUUAUUCUUGUGAUAAACAAUUUUUUUUAUGUUUGACGCGUCUAAGUAGAGAAUUGUUAAUAACUUUAAGGAAAAUCAUGCGCGUAUGAAAGGUUGUAGCAGGUAAAGGUUACACGACGUAAUUUAAGCGACAAAUUUCAAACGUUAUACGAAAGUUGAAACAUUGUAAAGUUAGUUUCUGCAGUUGUAUUGCCAGUUGUACGCAUUAUGCGUAUAUCACCGAGGCUGAUCGAUCGUACGUAUAAUUGAUUGCGUGUAUAAAUAUUCGCAGACUAGAUAUUGAUAUUUCAUUUGUAAAUUUACUUGAACGUGAUUUUCGAAGAGCUCUCAAACUCAAUCAGUAAGAAAUUCACACACGUACGGGUCGAUUGAGCAUAUAAAUCUACGCGAUUAUUUACAAUUACACCUGCCACGAAUAAUUAAGCAGGCGUCGUGUCGUUUACUAUUUUCUAAUCUCUUUUAAUAUGUGCUUUUUUUAAUAAAACAUGUUUCUUAACAAG